AGCGAGGGAAUACAUACGACGUUGGGCUGAGACCAACAAACUUUACUCACAAUUCACCGCAAACUAUCUCGCUGCAGCAUGACUGCUCAUAUCGACGUCCACGCAUUCUAUGUCGAAAAGGCUACUGCGGCUUCUUAUCGGGUUGGGGAGACAAUCACCAACAUCGGCCAGCUCAGAGCCUGUCUCCAGCAUCAAGCUCGACUCAAGUUCGAUAAAGAAUGGUUACAAGUACCUGACCUUCAUCCUGAUCCUGAUUCCGUUCUUCUCGCUACAAAUGUGCAUGGUACCUCCAUGCUCGAGGAUAACCUAAUGACAAUCCAGAGCGUGUGUGAUUCGGCGGAUCACAUUCUUGCGAUCAUUCCCUCCAAGCAGCUAUCACCCUCUGUUGCUCCCUCGCUCACGGCAACCGCGACCCAAUCCUUGGCGAGCCCCGCCCACAUGAAAAGUCAGGAGUUGAUCAACUUAGUUGUAUCGAUGAAUGACGCACUUCGAAUCAAGGACAAUAUGAGGGUUGAACAACAGGUUGACUUUCAUGCGACCCUGCAGUCAUUUCAACGUGAUCAGCUGCGGAGGGAGGAGGACGUGAAACUAAAUUUUCAGCGAUACACCAAGGAGGUGGAGCAGCAGCUGAAGGACACUCAACAUCAAUGCAACAUCCUCAAGCAAGAACAUACCCUUGACCAAUUGUGCAUCAAAUUCCUGGAGGACAGACAACAAGAGGACAGACAACACAUCAAGGACCUGGAAGAUAAGCAACAGCAGGACAGCUCACGGAUUCAGGACCUUGAGAGUUCGCUUCUCGAGGAGAAGAAGUUUCGGGUGGAGGAGAAGGAAGCUAGCGAUAAGGAGAAGGAAGCUAGCGAGAAAGAGAAGGAUACCAAACUCAUGGAUCACAUUUUACUCCGCCACUUACUUGAUCUCACGCAAGCGAAGCUAGCAGUCGCGUCUGGACUUCCCAGAAACAACAAGACCUUCCGCAUUACACAGUCAUUCCUCUGGAGAGAGGCACUGUCUUCCUCCCAGACAACCCCUGAGCACGUGCAAGCUGCCAAGAAAUUAUUGAACGCACCAGGGUUGUCUCUUGAUGCCGCCACGAAAAAAUUCGCCUUAUCCGACAGCGGGAUGAACAUCGUGGUCCAGAGACCAUCGGUGAUUCGUGACAUGGGAGACAGCGCAGCCCACCCCAAGCAUGUAUCAAGGGAGGCGUUUAAGAAAAUAAUUUCACAACACGCUGUCGCCAGAAAUCACGACAGACUUUAUGCUAUCUUAGAACUUGUUGAUCCUGUAACUCAGUCCACCUGAUUUCACAUCACACGCUCACAAUGUUGUAUUACUUUCUUUUACCCCAAGUUACAAGUACGAUUACGCAGAUUCAAAUUUACCAAUGUCAGUUGUACUUAUUGCCAAUGGAUUUUCGGUCACAUGCAACGCA